GGUGGAAAGGGCUGGCUGAAGGGUGACCAUCAUGCUGAGUGUCUCUGGCUAGCAUCCAUGCAGGCUGGCUUAGUGCUGUGAUUCACAGGCUCUCCCAUGUGUGAAGACACUGGAUCCUCACUUAUGAAAACCCUUCUACAUCUGCUUUUAGGUUUCAGAAGGGGAGCACGUUGAUGAGGUAAGGAGACAACAUGGUCUUCUUCCGUCGAUGUAGAAAGAUAGCACAGAUGAUUGUCUGAAAAAGCUGUACUGCACAGUGCAAGCAUGGCUUUCGCCCAGUCGCACAUUAUGGCCGCUAGAAGGCAUCAACACAGUAGACUCAUAAUUGAAGUGGAUGAGUACAGCUCAAACCCCACACAGGCGUUCACGUUCUACAACAUUAACCAGGGACGUUUUCAGCCCCCACAUGUGCAAAUGGUGGAUCCUGUGCCCCAUGAUGCCCCCAAACCUCCAGGAUAUACCCGAUUUGUCUGUAUUUCUGACACUCACUCAAGAACUGAUCCAAUCCAAAUGCCCUAUGGAGAUGUUUUAAUACAUGCUGGUGACUUCACUGAACUGGGACUUCCUAGCGAAGUUAAAAAAUUCAAUGAAUGGUUAGGUAGCCUGCCAUAUGAAUACAAGAUUGUGAUAGCAGGAAAUCAUGAAUUGACCUUUGACCAAGAGUUCAUGGCAGACUUAAUCAAGCAGGACUUUUACUAUUUUCCCUCUGUGUCUAAGUUGAAACCAGAGAGCUAUGAAAAUGUGCAGUCUCUUCUAACAAAUUGCAUCUAUCUUCAAGAUUCUGAAGUGACGGUGAGGGGGUUCAGAAUAUAUGGAUCUCCUUGGCAACCUUGGUUUUAUGGCUGGGGCUUUAAUCUUCCACGAGGCCAAGCACUAUUAGAGAAAUGGAACCUUAUUCCAGAUGGAAUAGAUAUUCUUAUAACACAUGGACCACCUCUUGGUUUUCUAGACUGGGUUCCUAAGAAAAUGCAGAGGGUAGGGUGUGUUGAGCUGCUGAACACAGUCCAGAGACGGAUACAGCCAAGGCUUCAUGUUUUCGGACAUAUCCAUGAAGGCUAUGGGGUAAUGGCUGAUGGAACUACUACCUAUGUGAAUGCAUCAGUGUGCACUGUGAAUUACCAGCCUCUCAAUCCACCUAUAGUUAUUGACUUACCUACUCCAAGGAACACAUGAUUGUUAUAGGAAUUUAAUGAUGUACCUAUCACACAAGCAGUUUUCUAUUGCUGACUAAGAAACAUGAUAAAGAACUGUUCAAUGAAGAAGCGAAGACCCUUUAUUUUUUUUCUUUUAAUUCUUCACAACCAAAUUUGAGUGAUGAAAAUGAAUGGGAAGAAAGACAUUUUAGUGCCAAUAUCUGCCGGAAGCUGAUUAAGCAUUAAAUUUAAAAUUUCAACAUUAAAAUACUUGUGAAUACACAAAAGUGAAUGCAUUCCACAUAUAUAUCGAGUAGGGAGUUGGGGGUUUUUUUUAUCAACCAUAUAUUGAACUUAUUAAAAGUAUAAAGUCUUUUCAAAGGCGUGUUUCUUAAAGAAUGUUUACAGUUUAAACGUGAAUGUUUAGACUAGGAUUUAACCAUUUAAAACAUUUUCCAAUGAGUAUUUGGUAAAAAUCAAAUGAUGUUGAUAUUUUUGCUGAAUAAUAUGGCAAAUAUGAAAAGAGUCUACACAAGUACUGUGUUGAACCAGUUAAAAGAAGCCAGUUGUUGUUGCAAAUCCUUCUGAAGUCUGUGCCCUUGCAUGCUUUCAAAGGCAAUGCAGGUGAAGGUCCUAAUCACUGUUCUGUAAUGCAAUCGCAACACAUCUGGCAUUACAGAUGGAAGGGGAAAUGGUGCAUACUGCCAGUGUGUGGGAAACAGCUGAACGUUCUAGAAAGGAGAUGGUGUUAAAGGCAGUACAAACUCAGGCAUUUGUAAGCUCUGAAAAAUGUCAUUUCCCAUUUUUUCUUUAAAAAGAUCCAUGUGGUUUAACAUGAGAGCUGAUGUGUGAUUGGAUUUAAAGUAAAAUAGGAAACCUGUGAUGUUCAGAUGUGGUUUUAAAAGGUAGCCUAGCGGGACUGUUCGGUUUAAAGAACUGAUAAAGGGAUGGACAGCAUAUCAUAAGGCCACUGCUUUGAAUCUGGCCCAGAUUGGGAAUGAUUAACAGUCUGAGCUAAUUCAUCCCUGGGUUAAUGCCCCUGACUUUGAUGGAGUUACCCCAAGGAUGAGUUUUAUAGAAUAUCAGGGUUGGAAGGGACCUCAGGAGGUCAUCUAGUCCAACCCCCUGCUCAAAGCAGGACCGAUCCCCAACUAAAUCAUCCCAGCCAGGGCUUUGUCAAGCCUGACCUUAAAAACUUCUAAGGAAGGAGAUUCCACCACCUCCCUAGGUAACGCAUUCCAGUGCUUCACCCCCCUUCUAGUGAAAAAGUUUUUCCUAAUAUCCAACCUCCCCCACUGCAACUUGAGACCAUUACUCCUUGGCCCUUUACCUUCUAAUAGUUGUUCAGCAGCACAGGUGAAAUGAGUGACGAGCUCACUGCAGUUCGUCUAGCACAGGUGUCCACAUCACAAGCCCCAUCAUGGCUAUUUGCCCCCUUGUGGACAGUGGUAGUAGAGACCAAGGACUAAAUGAGCCCAGGAGACUGAAAUCUUUUCUAACCCCCUAUAUACAGCCUAUCCAGAUGUGAGAACUAGCACUGCUCAUGCUCCGCAUCCAUGGAUUCACAGAGGAGUUGAGUCGGCAGAGUUUUCAUUCCAGCACUUUACACUAGCCUGAAAAUUCACUUUAAAAAGCAAACCAUGAAGUAUUUUAACCUCCAAAAUAUGUCCUAAAGGAAAAGGGGCCUCUGUCCUGCCCUAACCCAAUUUCUCCAACUUCCAAGAAAGCAAAAGGAGACCUCUUGCCUUAACUGCCAUUAUCUAGGUAUGAUACUUUGGAUAUGGAUUUUCAGAAUUGUGGUACUAACAGGAUCUAUGUGUUAAAUAACCUUCACACACAUUAGGUAAAGCUCAUGGGUGAGACAUUCAGACACUGAUGCUAGAGGGAAAAAAAACAUGCAUGUACCCAGUGCAUUUGCAGAGCCCACAUUUUCACACACAGAUUAUGUAAUUGUGCAUGUUAGUGCCCUUUUGCACACACACUUGCUCAAUAUGAAGACAUAAAUGUGAGCUUUGGAUGUAGCAGCUCUAUGUGCUAUAUUUGCAUGCACAACUAGGGCCGCUAUUUCUGAAAGCUUGCGCCUCAAAAUCAAAUCUGGGAGGGACACUAGGUUCAUUUCCAAUGCUUCAGAUGUGCAAAAACUCUUCCCCCACCUGGUGCUGGGAAGCAUUAAGUUUGAGCCUAGUAACUUCAUCCAAACUGGUAUAUCCAAAAACAUGACAUGCCACAAAUCUCUCAUUUCUUGUAAGCUGUUUGGUGAAUUAGGACCUAAAAUGGUUUGCUGCUCUUUGCUGAAACUAAAAAGCAAACAGUGGGCCCCACCCUGUAACCCGGUCUUAUGUGAAUGGUUUAUGUACACACGAGCGGGCUGCAGUAGAUUUACAUGGGACUGUUUUUGCAAGCACUAUUUGUGGAAGGGUUGUAGGAUCAGGCCACAUCAGCGAGGCUGGAAGUUAAUAACCUAUUACUGAUUUCCACCAUCAUUGGGAAGAAAAAUGAUACUGUGUCGUUAGACUACAAGUGUCUUAACCAGUCACAAUUCAAGUGUUUUAUGAAACAAGGGUGGCAGGAAACUGGCUGUAUGUUAAAGAAGUCUGAAAUGUUUACAUUCACUCUCAGCACUUGUUACUAGAAUGUUAAGGGGGGGGAGCUUUUAUUAGCUGCAACAACAUUUCUAUUCAGAAUUCUAUUCAACAUUCAGAAAAUAUGCUCUUAAAAACAAAUUUUUCCUAAGGUAUCUUCAAAAUACUGUGUAUUUUAUGUGAAAAAAUUAUUUGAAAGCAGCUGUUACUUUAAAAGUUAUCAUUAAAAGACUUGCGGUAUGAAAGCUUAAAGGUUAUUUAAUCAUUUUGGCAUAACUUGAUGUUGUAAUUAUUUUGUCAAGCAUGUUAGACAAAUAAAAUCUUAAAAAAACAAA